AUGGACAAACAGUUGGUUAAUUUAUAUGUCAAUUGGAACCAAAUGUAUAUCUUUUCACGUAAAGAUGAAUUUACAGAAUCAGACCUAGAAAUUUUUAAGACACUUAUAAUUAAUUGGGCAAAAGGGUUCAUAAAAUUAUUAUCACCAUAUUCACCAUCACAAAUGCAGUUACCGAAACUACAUAAUUGGAUGUAUCACGUCAUUGAUGCAAUUAAAGAGCAUGGCGCUAUUAAUGGUUUUGUGACUGAAACGUAUGAAUCACUUCAUAAAAAAUGGGUCAAAAAUCCAUACAGAAUAAGUAAUCGACGUGAUGCAACAUUACAAAUGCUAAAUACGGUACGAAGACAGAAUAUAAUCAAUUACUUGUUUCAAUUUUCAAAGCCAGUUGGAUCUAAUGUUAAACAAAAUACAUCUGUGAUGAAUGGAAAAAUUUUCACUUUUGAAUUAUCAUCAUUUGAUAAAUUUGUUUCAUCAUAUCGAAAUACAACUACUUUAGCACCAGAAGCAUUGGAGGCAUUUAAUCAAUUUUUACCAACUUUAGAUAAAUUCUUUGAUCUAAUCAAUUUGGCGGAAUUUAUUACAACCCAUUUAAUCAUAUCUGUUAAAUGGUAUGGAUCUGCGGUGAUAUCUAGUGGGGAUACGGUUCGUGCAAAUUCUAAUUGGUAUGGUCAGCCUAUUUUUGAUAAUGUUUCGAUUAAUAUGGAUAGUAAUGAAAUCGAAGAUUACACUACAUAUGAUGGAUUGUGUUUUGGAAAAAUUUCUUCAUUUAAUGAAGCAUUUUAUUUAGCACUAGUAAGGUGGUAUGAUUAUAAAUACAAAAAUAGGCUGAACUUGUAUGAUUGUCCAUGGAUAAAACUUACUUCUCAAUAUGAAUUUAUACCAGUAGAUUCAGUUGUAGAACCUAUUCAUAUAAUACCACGAUUUGAAAAAAACAAUGAAUAUUUGAUGAAAAGGAGAUCUAAACCUUCAUACAAAAGAGCAAGACGAAUUAGAGAUUCCUGA